AUGGCCGCAGGUAUCGCGGUCGAGCUGCGGUUUCUGCGGUCGUUGAUGGAGGUGAGGUUGGAAGUUUUGCCGGUCGUGGAAGACUGGAAGAAAAAAAGGCAGACUCAGGGCGGUGAGGCAGAGAGAGAGAGAGAGAGGGAAAGAAAAGCAAAAAAAAAAAAAAAAAGGAAAAAGAACAACAACAACGACAACGACGACGACGUCGACCAAAGCGCAGCAGGCAAGAGACUGACAGACGGGCAAACACACGAUGAAGAAAGCGACAAGAAAGCUCCGCUUUUUGAGUACAGCAAAACCGCCAGACGAGGAAGAUUUAUGGGCUCUCACGACCGAAGCACUAAAUUCCUGGCUGGGUUGAAGCCUGCCCUGGCGGCGACGGUGGAGACAUAUGAGGUCAGGCCAGGAGGUUUCAAGAGAUCGGGGACAAGAGACGCCACAGCUAGCGGCCCUGGCGAGAUGCAGGCGGGCGGAGAGGCAGAGCCAGGGGCAGCAGAAAGAGAUAAUAAGAGAAGAAACAAGAGAAAGAGAGAGAAGGGAAGAGACAAAGACCAAGGCAAAUUGAAGAACAGAAGAUCUGUUUUCAACUGGAGAUGGAUCCUGGAAGGAAUGGAAAGGCAAAAAGUCAAGGAGACGGAGAAGGAUGGAAGGGGGGGGGGGGAGACGGCGUUGGUGGACAAGGGAGGGAUAACAGCCACUGGGCGGCCGUUCAGUGACAACACUUCAGACAACGAGACGAUGCAAGAUUAUGAUGCAGACGAUAGAAACCGCCCAGCAGAAAGAUCAGUUGGAGUCGAAGGCAGGCAGUUGGACCACAGCAGCCAAGCAACGCGGUGGGCUUAG